UCUGUCCCUUUAUUGUUCUUUCAAUUCUAGAGAAAGAAAGAGAGAGAAAGUAAGGGGAUAUGUCUGCUGGCAGAAGAAACUGAUAGAAAACUUUCAAGCCCACUUUCUUCACCAUCACUCCAACUAGCCCUCUCCACAUUUCAGUCCCCUAACUCAAAGUCUUACAAUUUUCCCAAGCUCUCUAUCUACUUCUCUUCCAUCUCAAUUUCCCCUUUUUUGAUAAAUAUUUAUUAUAAUUGUCUUUCUCUGUCGGUUCCAUGAGAUCAGAAGCAAAUUCAUUAGACCUCAAUAAUCUACCUGAAGAUUAUACCAGAGACGGCUUACAGGUCUCCGGCGACAGCUCUUCAUCUGCUGGCGGAUACAGGAAAAAGAAAAGCGGCGCUGAUGAGGAAAAAGAUGAAGCUGGGAAAGUCUAUGAGUGCAGAUUUUGUUCCCUCAAGUUCUGCAAAUCUCAAGCCCUUGGGGGACACAUGAAUCGCCACCGCCAAGAGAGGGAGACAGAAACACUGAACAAGGCUCGACAGCUUGUUUUCAGCAACGAUGUACCUCCGCCCCACUUAGGUUACGUCUCGAGUGGAGGGCAGCCAAUUCAGCAAGGAGGGUAUCAUCAAGGAAGCAGUAGCAUGGACGAUGGUUUCAGAUCCAUGUAUCCACCUUCUAGAAUGUUCCCCACUUCUCCUGCGCCGUACGGGUUCCCUUCUCCUCCGCAGCUGAUCCCGGUGCCUCCGCCGCCUCACAACGACUACUACGUGGGCCACGUCCUCCCCAACCCGUGCUACGGCGGCCCCCCGACCAACGGGAGCUACUACACCUGCGUCGGCGCCCCCGUUACCCCUCGGGGCCAGCUCGAUGGCGGAGGCAACAAUCAGGAUCACGAGGGGCUCAAUUGGGGCCGGAAGUAGAUGAAGGAUCCAUUCUCGGUUUGUUUUGGCUUUCUCUCUCUCUGUGUGUGUUGUUGUUCUGCAAGAGAAAGAGAGAGAGGAAGAGUUCUGGAUUUUGGAUAACACCCUUUUUUCAGCUCUCAUCAAUAGUUUAAUGGACUGAAUGAGAGUUUGUGUGUGUGUUUGGUGCGUGUUUUUUUAUGUUUUUUUUUGCAUUGCAAUUAAUUUGUUUGGUGCAGAAGAAUGUUGUUAUUUGGUGGGGAUAGGUAUGUAGUAGUUGAAGGUGGACAAGAACUUAGGAAGAAACCAUUUUCCAACAACUCAAACAGUUUUGUCCAUGGAAUAAUAUGAUUUUGAAUGUUAUUUACACAUGAAAUAAAUAUGUUAUUUUGAUU